AUGGCCAUUCCACACCAGAACGGGCCCAAAGGCGGUCGGCCAACUGGGAAAAUGCCUGGUAUGCCAGAUUACCAGUCCAGCUGUGUGGCCAGAGUUGUACUAAUUAAACCAAAAUUUAGUAAGGAGGGAGAUAAUUUCAAAGACUUGGGUGUAUUUUCCAAAAGUGAUAACUAUCUAAAAGAAAUGCUGGCUCAGACAGACGUUAUUGAUUGGAAGAGUUUUAUUUGCUUGUCUGCUGAGCUUUGUCAUGAGAAGAUGGUGGAAACUGUGGCUGCCAGGAGGUGUAAAGAAGCUGUGUGACACUUGAUGAUUCUUCAGGAACCAUCAAAACUGUCACCAGUUGAUACUUUGUCACUGAAGCUGUCUUCUCUCAGUGAGUCUCAUCUUGCUCUAGUCAACAGCACCUGGAAGUUUGGCAAUGUGCACAACAAACAGAUGAUUAGGAAUAUGAUUUUGAACUUUCCCUCAUGUUGUGUUCUGGACUCAGAUGAUCAGCCAGUAGGAUGGAUACUUACUUAUAACUCCUGUGCACUUGCAAGCUAUGCAAAAGCUUUGGUUACCAUUAUGUCACAAAAACUUCACUCUCAGGGUUAUCAAGUGUAUUGUUUUAAAGGGGAAGAAAAGUUAUCUUACAGCCUCUUCACACACUUGGGUUUCACUGAGGUCCCUGGUUUGUCUUUAAUGAGUUUUGAUCAGUUGCACUGA